GCAGAUGCAUUUGCAGAUUCAGUAGUCAGCUGCAGAGGAGACUCAACAUCUUCAACAUGAGCAACUGGAUGGUCAAUGAAGGUCUUUCUAUUAUUGUUAUUCUUGUGUGGCUAGGGUUGAAUGCCUUCCUCUUUUGGAACUUCUAUCUUGUGUACGAUGAAGGUAGAGAAUAUAUAUACUCCAGAGAAAUUUACGGGUCGGCUCUGGCUUGGGCCAGAGCACCAGCAGCCUGCUUGAAUUUCAACUGUUUGCUCAUCCUUCUGCCAGUAUGUCGAAAUCUGCUGUCAUUUUUGAGAGGGUCCAGUGCGUGCUGUGGAAGAAGUAUCAGAAGACAGCUAGACAGAAACCUUACUUUUCAUAAGCUGGUGGCAUGGAUGAUUGCUUUACAUACAGCUAUCCAUACUGCGGCACAUUUAUUUAAUGUGGAAAGACUGGUGGAUGCCCAAGUGGAGGAAAACAGAACAACAAUCAAGGGUGCGCUGUCUGAACUUGGUUUUGGGGAAAACGAAACCUACCUAAACUUUGUCCGCUCUAAAGUUCCAAACCCUAUAGGAGGAAUUAAUGUGGCAUUCACCUUUUUAGCUGGGCUUACUGGAGUGGUGAUAACCUUGGCAUUGAUUCUUAUAAUCACGUCGUCUACAAAAACAAUUCGCCGCUCAUACUUUGAAGUCUUCUGGUACACACAUCACCUCUUCGUGAUCUUCUUCAUUGGUCUUGUCAUCCAUGGAGCUGGGAAAAUAGUACGAAAGCAGACUAAUCUGGGUGAAAACAAUCCUGACAUUUGUAAAAAUAACUUCACUCAAUGGGGCCUCGACCCAAAGUGCCCUACUCCACAAUUUGCAGGGAAUGAACCAAUGACUUGGAAGUGGGUGGUAGCUCCAAUGAUCCUUUAUCUCUUCGAAAGACUGAUACGAUUUUGGAGGUCACAACAGAAGGUGGUCAUAACAAAGGUUGUCACACAUCCUUUCAAAACCUACGAGCUGCAGAUGAAAAAGAAGGGCUUCAAGAUGGAAGUGGGGCAGUAUAUAUUUGUCCAAUGUUCAGCAGUGUCCAGCCUAGAGUGGCAUCCAUUUACUUUGACCUCUGCACCAGAAGAAGACUUCUUCAGCAUUCACAUUAGAAUAGUUGGAGACUGGACAGAAGAAUUGGCUAAGGUUUGUGGAUGUGAUAAGACUGAAUUUCAAGAAGCAUGGAAGCUGCCUAAGAUUGCUGUGGAUGGUCCCUUUGGAACAGCAAGUGAAGAUGUUUUCAGCUAUGAAGUUGCCGUGCUUGUGGGAGCUGGGAUCGGUGUCACUCCAUUUGCUUCAGUUCUGAAGUCUGUCUGGUACAGAUAUUGCAGUGAUGCAUCUACCCUCAGGCUAAAGAAGAUCUAUUUCUACUGGCUGUGCAGAGACACACAGGCUUUUGAGUGGUUUGCGGAUUUGCUCCAGUCCCUAGAAACGCAAAUGCAAGAAAAAAACAAUGCUGAUUUUCUGAGCUACAAUAUCUAUCUCACUGGCUGGGAUGAAUCUCAGGCAACAGCUUUUUCUUUGCACCAUGACCAAGAGAAGGAUGUGAUUACAGGUCUGAAACAGAAAACCUUGUAUGGUAGACCAAACUGGGAAAAUGAGUUUAAAACCAUUGGCAGCCAACACCAAAGCUCAAGAGUGGGGGUUUUCCUGUGUGGUCCAGAAAACCUGGCCGAAACUCUCAGUAAACAAUGCAUUGGAAAUUCUAGCGUCGACCCAAGAGGAGUUCAUUUCAUCUUUAAUAAAGAAAACUUCUAAUUACUGAAUUGCUUAAAAAUUCCGCUUUUCAUCAGUUAACAGAAUUACACUUGGUAGCUUCCAUGCUUAAACCAACCAUUUAUUAACUUCAUGUUUUGAUGUGAAUUAAAUGUUUUUUUUUGUGUAACAUGUAUAUGAUUCUAUUAGUUAAAAUGAUUUUCAUAUGAAAGUAUGUCUCUUUAGUUGUACACACAUCCUCUACGUAAUAAAUACCCAAUGUUUUGGGUUUCUUAAGUUAAAGAAACCAAUCACUCCAGAGGUUGCGAUUUUUGGGCUGUUACCUGAUACAACACAUGUUUAUCUUACAUGUAUCGUCCUGCUUCUAUUACGUACAAAAUUAUUAUUUCUGUUUAGAAUGGACUGGUUAGACACAUCAUUGAACAAAGAAAGAGACACCAAAUCGUUUUUUAAGGUAUGAGAACAUUUUAUUGACACACUAGACAAUACCUUGAAACUUCAGACACGACAAACAUUCCAGGAUACGUCUAGGUUAAUUGCACAGUUGCUCCGGGGAAGAAACCAGUGUGUGUAAGACGUUCAAUGGUUUUACUUGAUAACUAUGUUGCAAUGGUUCGUUUGGGGGGAGGGAAUUACAGUUUAGAGUUUUCUUGCUAGCUUCCCUGUAUCACAGUGUUCUUUUCUUUUUUUCUCAUUUGAUGGUCAUUUGGGGGGACGUUACUGGGGUACUGUGUCAUUUUGCAAUUAUGUUGUACCCUGGUUUCUUUGUUUUUGUUUUUAUCUUUGAAAACUCAAUAAAAAUGUUCAAAAGUAAGUUAAAAAA